AUAAACAGGGUUAUAGCAGCACCUUAUUGAUCGUGAAACAAUGCAUGGAGUUAGUGACUAGCGUUGAUUUGAUCACGUCUAGGCACGGAGAUGGCUUCGUUGCAGAAAGAAGAUUCAGGGUAUGCCGAGGAGUGUGGAGACUUCACUGGACACUUGAAGUCUAUGUUUGCCGAACUCCAGAACACGUUGUUAAAUGAGCUGAGAGCUACCAAUGUGAAACUAGAUGUUCUCACAGAGCGGGUGUCUCGAAUCGAGAUAAAGCUGUAUGGGGAGGAUGCUGGGAAUGCGACACCAAGGGACAAUAAGUUGCUGUUCACGGACAAGGGUCCGAAUAACGUGUUACCAUGGCGUAUCAGACCAAAGAUCAAACGCCACCCUGCGGUGUAUCUGAGCGAUACCAGUAGUAACAGUACUAGUGACGAGUCAUUCACAUGGAGUAUAAAAUUAGAUGAUCUUCCAGAUGCAUGUGCCAGCCUUUACAAAGACGUUCUAAUUCAAGAACAUGAAACCAUUUUGAAAGACAUUGACCUGAGUGACACAGAUAUCUUGGACCGGCUGAUAUCUGAGGAGGCCAUUACAGCUAGUGAUGCUGAGGAUAUAAGGCGAGGAGGAGGGAGAAGGGAGAAGGCAAGAAGCCUUCUGCUGAUGUUGGAACAGCGCGGACACGGUUCUUUUGUGAGCUUUAUGGACGCGUUGGAACCAGACUACAGGCACAUCCACACAACACUGAAACGAUCGCUCAGUAUAAUGUAUAAAGAAAAGAAACAUGGACGCUUGAAGUGCAUCGUCUGUAAAAUUAUUGAAAACGUUCCACCUCGUGAGGUCAUCGACAAAUGUUACACCCAGAAGGUCAUUCCUACCAAGGUCAUGCGGGACAUAAACCAAUGUGGUGACCCCAAAAAGGGAUGGGAACAACUUAGGCCCCACAUCAAGAAUGAAGAAGCCAUCAAUGUGUUGGCAGAUUCACUACUGCCUAAAUUCAAAGGUUUGCGCGAGGAACUCGACAAAUUCAGGAAAUUGAAGAAAUUUUCGUGUUUCUGCAAAAGCUUGUCUUAUAAACGCAAGAUUGAAGAUUCCAGCAGGAAGGACCUGAUUCCACAGUCCCCUGUAGAACACAGUGAGGCCCAGGAUCUCUCCGACUUGGAUAAGGGUGUAACAGAGAAACACUUGGAUUUGAAAUUGGCUUCGAAAAAGAAUACGAGUGUGUUUUAUCUCGAAGAGCCAUCGUAUAAAUUUAAUGAGACGGGAUUCAGGGAGAAAUUCCAUCGACAGGCAAUCAGGAAAAGGGACUACAAGGAAAAAAUCAUCGAAGAAACUUAGGAUAUGUACAGUUAUUUGUUAAAGCAAUGAAGAAAAAUUAUUUUUACAUCUAUUUGAUUUUUAUUGUAGAUUGGCAAUUCAUAAAUAUUUGAUCUCAAUUCAUUAUCAUUGAUUUGUGCAAGUUUUAAGAGGUAGCAAUGAACCUACGUCAUGUAUUACCCGCCUACCGGUAGAUACUUGUUUAACUGAGCCCGUUUUAAUUUACCCCUUUAGUUAGGAACAACCUAUGGGUAUAAAUAUCUUAAUGAUGUAUAUACUAAAAGGAAAAAGACAGGAUGUUACCUGUUUUAAUUUGUAAGGGUGAAAUCUUGAUCUGUAUCGCAUGCAUAUAUGUUUUUGUGAUGCUUGACUUAACAUGAAUAUCAUAAUUAAAUUGAAUGCGCGUACUAUUUCAAGGAUCUGGUGAUCAUUUUAAUUUCCUUGUCCGUCUGUGUCUCUUGGACACGAUUUGAGAUCAAAGAUUUUAUUUUUAUUUUUUAUGUAUCAAAUUGUUUAUUGUGCAUUUUAAAUGAUUGACUGAAAUAUUAAAUGUUAAAGUCAAGUUACAAGCGAGAUACACUGUACAGAGGUAAAAAUUGAUUGUUACAUGUAUGUAGACAAAGCUCGAGUCUUAUAGUUUUUUUUUUUUUUUACAAAAAAUGUAAUGUAGAGAACUACCGUUUCUUGGACAAAAUGACGGUAAAAAACAAUAUAAAUUAAUUCAAUAUCUUCUUUAAAACUAUAAUCAACAAAGGAAAGUUACAUUUGAUUGAAAUUUAUACCAAUACAACGAAUAUGUAAAAAAUGACAAUAUUCGAGCUUUGUUUACAAAACAAAAAAUUAUAAACUCUGUAUCCUGCUUAUAACUUGAUAUUUGAGUUUCAAAUUUUGACAUAGCAUUAUAAACUUCUAUAUUUAUCAGUAUAAACAUUGAAAAUGGAAAAAUAAACUUAGACUUUUAUAAUUCAAAUCGUGUCCAAGUCCCUUUAAAUUGAAAACUUUCACCCCUGCGAAUGUUAUUGUCAUUCAAAUUUUAAACCACGUGGUUUUAUUUGACCCUUUCAGUUUCGCAGUAAAAAUCGUGCCUCGUGUUUAUAGUCUAUUUUAGAGAAUCUAGGCACUUGUAGUCAAAUAUGAAUUCUAGAGGUUUAUUGAUUUUAAACUUAAUCUUCAUUAAUUGGUGGAUAAAAUGUGUUCUAGAAAUAUAUGUGACAAUACAAAAAAUAGUUUUUUUUCUGCUGUUGCGACAAUUAACAUGCGUAGUAGAGAUCCCCCCUAAGAAUUAAUUUUCGAUCCGCGCCUGACCUAGUAAAAACAUCAAUAGUGAAACAGACUGUACUAUUUCAUGCAGAAUGUUCCUUGAAAAUGGCUCGAUACACUAAGUUUUAAUGCAAAACAUUCACCAUUAUUUUUUUUUAAAACAUGGUAUUGCACACCACAAGCACCAAACAUGGCUUUGAUUUUAUUAAGCAACCCAAUGUUUAUAUUAUCAACUACUAUACACGUGGUUGAACACGAACGAUAAAUCUUAAAAGAUGUUGAUGUUUUAACACAAAUCAAAGUAGAAUAUGAUAUGAAAAUCGACCAGUACUUACGUAUUUUGAGAAUAUUAUCCGAACACUUAUAGUUCCGCUCAAAAUUUCACAGGAACUGAACAAAUCUCGGUGAAGUCUCGUGAACUUUCAUUCGAGCACCUCUGGAUUUAUUACAUACUUAGCAACGAUAAAGAAAACAUUCCGAACACAUUCGCAGGGGUGACUUUGAUCGUCGAACUUAGAUAGAAAUGACCACCAUCUUUAUCAUUCAACAGUAACUAACGGACAACAACAGUGGUGAGCUGAAAUGUAUAUGUAGGUAACCUUGGAAGUAAUCAAUUUGUAUUGGUAACAUUGAAGAUGACCUUUUAGUAAAUAAAAUAAACUUUGACAUUUUUACCUGAA